CAUUACAAAUCUCGGCUUCUGUAACGGCCUACAGUGCAUAGCGGAGCGGAGCUGCGUCGGACGCGCAUCCCAGCGACGCUCCCUUUUCGUUUCGGGGCGGAGGGGCAGAAGUGUAGCCCGGAACUCUGCAGCUACGGCUGGCGCAGAUUAAAGUUGGGGUUCGGUCCAAUAUGGCGGCGGACGGAUGGAAAUACUGAUGACAGUCCGAAAGAUCGCCUCGAUUUGUACGAUGGGCGCCAAUGCCUCUGCUUUGGAGAAGGAGAUUGGACCGGAACAGUUUCCUGUUAAUGAACACUACUUUGGAUUGGUUAAUUUCGGGAACACCUGCUACUGCAACUCGGUGCUGCAGGCCCUGUACUUCUGCCGGCCGUUCCGGGAGAAGGUGCUGGCCUACAAGGUGCAGCCGCGGCGCAAGGAGAACCUGCUCACCUGCCUGGCCGACCUGUUCAACAGCAUCGCCACGCAGAAGAAGAAGGUGGGGGUCAUCCCGCCAAAGAAGUUCAUCUCCAGACUGAGGAAGGAGAACGAGCUGUUUGAUAACUACAUGCAGCAGGAUGCCCAUGAGUUCCUGAACUACCUGCUGAACACCAUCGCGGACCUGCUGCUGGAAGAGCGGGGUCAGCAGAGGCAACAGAACGGCAAGCUGCUGCAGAAUGGGGGCGGGAGCGCCGUCGAGGGGGAGGAGCCAGACAAGAAUCAGCAGACCUGGGUGCACGAGAUCUUCCAGGGAACGCUGACCAAUGAGACACGCUGCCUCAACUGUGAAGCGGUGAGCAGUAAAGACGAGGACUUCCUGGACCUGUCGGUGGACGUGGAGCAGAACACCUCCAUCACCCACUGUCUCAGGGGCUUCAGCAACACAGAGACGCUGUGCAGUGAGUAUAAAUACUACUGUGAGCAGUGCCGGAGCAAGCAGGAGGCACAGAAGAGGAUGAGGGUGAAGCGCUUGCCGAUGAUCCUCGCUCUGCACCUGAAGCGCUUUAAGUACAUGGAGCAGCUGCACCGCUACACCAAGCUGUCCUAUCGCGUGGUUUUCCCCCUGGAGCUCCGCCUCUUCAACACCUCCGGAGACGCCACCAACCCCGACCGCAUGUACGACCUGGUCGCUGUGGUGGUGCACUGUGGCAGUGGGCCAAACCGCGGUCACUACAUCACCAUAGUGAAGAGCCAUGGCUUCUGGCUUCUGUUCGAUGACGACAUUGUGGAGAAGAUCGAUGCCCAGGCCAUAGAGGAGUUCUACGGCCUGACGUCAGACAUUUCCAAGAACUCUGAGUCUGGCUACAUCCUGUUCUAUCAGUCCCGGGACUGAACCUCAGUGGGAGGGGCCAAUGGUACUGUGACAUCACUGAGUUGGGGGCGGGGUCAGGGCUGUGCAGACCCCUCCCCCUUAUGCAGGCUUUGCCAUGGAGCAUUGCAGCGGAGCGUUAUCCGAUCAGACAGGAGCAAAUGCUGCCUGAGCAGAGAUGGCAGCCCUGGCGUGGCGAACACCUAUCAGCCAGACGGCCUGUCCUCUGCUGCUGCCGGCCUCCGUCAAUCACGCGAACGGUGUGGAGGUGUUCUCCAUGCGAGAGGCACAGCUGCACACCCAGCAGGCCUGUGGGCGGGACUGUGGGCGGGGCUUGGUUUGUGGAACUGAAGGUUGUGUGCAGACACGGUGAGGUUUGGUCCCUGGGUGUCAGAUUGCAAACACUCUGAGCAUGCUCAUUUUAACACGGCCAGAUCCUGCCUGCUGCAUCUCUCUGCCCCAGGACCAGCUCAGCGGGAACACUUGCCAUGUCUGUCAACUUCUUCCUGUGUCUUGUGAGAAAGCACCUGAUUGGUUGCUGAUUUCUGUGGUGUAAUGCAGCGUGGUCUCUGAAUGUGGUGAGUGUGUCUGUGUUGGUGUGUGUGUCUGUGUUGGUGUGUGUGUGGGGCCGGCAGGUUACCUGACAUACAGGUGACAGGUGCGGCUGCUGGCGGAGCAGGACUGCAGUCUGUGUGGGGUUAGUCUCUGAGUUGUGAGCCGGGAGAGAAACUGAUCUGCGGUCUGUGUUCAGUGACUACUGGGCAUAUAUCUGUAUUACUUGCAUUUGUUGUGCAAAAGUUCAGUCAACAUUCAGCUGGACAGACUCAUUUUUCAGCCUUCUGACUGUAUUUGCACCAUCACUAGGAGAGAGUUACUCUAACAUUACUGUAAGGGAGUGCUGUACUCCCCUGACACACGCAGUAUUCCUGUAACCAAAUCCCUGACUCACACAUUUGCUUUCACAGACUGUAAAAUGAUGCUGCUAGCUGUUCUGAUAGACUGAUUGUUGAAUAAUUAAAGUUUGGGAGUAAUAUGACUAAAGGUUUUGUUUGAAUUCCUAAUUGCUGAAUUGCUGCAAUGGUAGAUUUGUUUCUCACAUGAAUAAAAGGAAAAAUUUUGAAAAUUGUGGUUUGUCAAACCUGUCAUUGUCAGCAUGUGGCUGUGUGGCCAUUGCCCUAUUCCCUAAUACCCAUCAUGCCCUCUAAUGCCCAUUACGCCCUAAUACCCAGCAUAAGCAGUGGGGCUGCAG